GUUUCUUGUCAGGCUGAUAACUCUUUCGCUUGAUACGCUUCUACAACAGAUUGAGAGUGCUUUUAAAGCGUACAAUUUGAUUUAAUUAAUGAAUUAAUAAAUUAAACCACAUUUAUUUUAUUAUCUCUAUCCAAACAGAUGCUAGUUUUGUACCUUCUGUAGAUGAACCAGAGCAAAGGAGGGAUGAUAUCAAUGUCAACAUUAUGCUUCCAGCAAGAUCAGAUGUGAAAGGUGAAAUGGAGUGUCAGGGCAAUUUUUGUGAGGCCGCUGACCUGAAACUGUGCAUGGCGUGCUAUACUUCUGGAACUGCUCGUUCUUGCUCACAGACUUUCCUCCCAUUCCCAUGUACAACCUGCGAUGAUGAUGAUAGUCUCAAAAUCUCCUUGUCUGAAAACUGCGGUUUGUUUUGUUGCUCACCAGUAGCUGAACAUUUGAGUAAGCAAGACGAUGCUUUCUUUGAGGAGUGUGAAGUUUCAUUUGAGCUAACUCCGCUGGAGGAGUGCUUCUCCUCACUGUCAGAAGUGAGAAAAGAACAUGGUUUCAGAAGAUGUCACUCGCUUACCCCAGGGAGACCCCGAAUCUUGAACAGGGCUGAUUUCAUUCUGGAGCAGUGUACCAAUAUCUAUAAAAGGGACCAGCAUGCGGGUUGCUCUCUUUUUUGCUGGAACUGUGGACACAACCUAUGGUCAAAGUCUGGCUUGUCAAUGGACUGUGGGAUUAUCGAGGAGGUCAAUGACCUCAAGGAAUCUUAUUCCAAAGAGGAAUGUUCUCUUCAACAUUUUGAUUUCAAAGGAUUUGAUAACGCUUGUAAAUUAAGAUGGGGUUUCCAAGAGGAAGAGGUGGAUUUUGCUAAAGUAGCUGGGUUAUUUCACCUUUAUUCUCCGCAACAUUUCCCUUUCUUGAUGACGACUGUGAUGCCUUUCUGUGUUGCUCAAGAAUCAACGUCCGGUGGGUUGCCUAAAGUAACGGCGGAAGGAGAGUGCCAGACUGAGCACUGUGGGGACAGGGGUUCAGAUCCUAUCGGGGUUGAUGUACUACACCAAAGUUCUUGUUCUUUCACUCCAAAGCAUGGAAGAAUGUGUGGAGAGAAUCUGGCAGAAAAACAUGCAGAUGCUGAAGGAAUAUGUGAGGAAAAUAUUCAAGAAGAAAAUUCAUCAUCUAACUCAACGGUAGGGUUAAAGUUUGUGUCUGGAGAAAUAAGCUGUGCCGACAGGGUUGACCUUGUAGGUGAACAUUCUCAAAUAGCUGCAGCUGUUGGUUUCUCUGCCUUUGACUAUGAUGACACUAUAGUAGAAGACAGUGUACUUGAGACUGUAGGUAGUUCUCCUGUACCAAACCACAGACUUCAUUGCUAUCCUGUGCUGAAUGUAUUGUCAAAAAAUUUCCUUCAGGAAUCACCAAAUGUUUCUCACAAAACAGAACCUGCAAUGGCUCUUUCUCAUUUGCCAAAAGACUCGCUAGCAAUGGCAAGUGACAGUGAAAGUUGCUCCAAUAAACUGCCGAGUAGAAUUGAAGAAGAUUCCAUUAUCUAUGAUAUUGUCACUGACAACAAGGACCAGACACUUGAUGAAGGCAAAGGACCAGCACAGGCACUCUUUCAGUUUUCAGACAGCACACCAUACUUCAGCGUAUUUUCAAAUGAUGAGUCAAGAGUUUCCUGUUACAAACAAAAGCUGGACACACACUUCAACAGUGGAAUUGUGCUGAAAAAUUGGUUGAAACCUAAUCUGCAAAAGGAAGAAGACCCAGUGCAUUUCUUUUCUUCAGAGGAAGAGACAGAGUUGGUGCCCAAUUUGAAAUUUGUCGUUGCCUCUGCUAUAUCCUCCACUCCGGUAAUGACUUGCAGUAGUAAAGAAAAAGUGAAGUCCGAAAGUGAGGAAACGAGUACCAACUUUGACGGUCACAGAUCAAAAGGCGAGAAACAAAUUUGCCUCAGUUCAGUUAAGCAGAGCACAAAAGAGUCUAAAAUUUUUGCUGAAAGGGAAAUUCAUGGUGAGGUAAAAAGAAACUCAGCCACGCCAACCGCUUGGAAAGUUGUGAUGCAUCAAUGCAGUGUGAUGCUUCAUGAUGUAAGACAAGUGAUUCCUUCUUUAGGUGCUCAUGUUGAUUUGACAUCUUUGACCUGUGAAACUCAGCACAAACUUGGUGUUGAGUUUAAAGCCAAGGUUUUGAUAGAUGAGGGGGCCAAUAGUGGGUGUAAGAAAACAGGGUUGAUGUUGCUCUCCCCAGCUGCCGUCCCGUCUUGUCCAGGUCCUAAGGAUGUCGUACUGAUACGCUCCCUGGCUCGGGUUCAAAGGAUAAAGGAAGUCCAGAAUGGGCUGAUGAAGCUAAGGAAUACGAUGGAGAACUCAGAAUUCCCAGCUGUGAACGAAAGCUUGCUUCAAAAGUUCCCCAAGAGACAGAUUGGGUGUAAAUUUAAACCCAAGGAAACCAUUACGGGUGGUAAAAGAUUGAAAUAUUCAAAACUUCAGCAGUUUUCAUGCGAAAAGAAUACAAGUCCUUCCCAGUCUACCAGUCAUAUUGGAGAUGGGUCUGAUAGGAGGACAGAGCCAGAGGUAAAAGAGAAUGCCUCAUCACCAAACAGGCAGAGAAUACAUGCAGAGACUCUACGUCCUGCUGACAGUAGCCAUCAUCAUGAAAAGUCAAGGAAAAUAAAGCAUUCGAAUGAACCUAGUAAAACGCGUCGAAAGAAAGAGAAGUCUGGGAAGACUGAAAAAAAGAAAUCUGCCAGUCAUAAGCUAUCCUCGGGUACUGCCAAGAGAUCAGGGGAUACAAAAUCAGAAAGUAGUUACACAAGCCAGACAGACAAAAAUUCAUGCUUUGGACGCUUAGCACCAAAACCAGAGUUUGCUGUGUCAGAGACAUGGACAGAUUCAGACUCUACUGAGAGAAACAUGAUAAGUUGUCGUACAUCUAACGCUGAGUUCUCAAAGAAAAACUGGUCACUGGAAACCUGGCAGGACUUUUUGGAGACUAAACCCUGUUCAAAUGCUUCUCCUACCAAGAUAAAACAUCACAGUCUCAAAUAUUUGUAUAAAAAAGACAAGUCCGCGAAAGAACACCCUCAUGGACUUCAAGAUGAGGAGAACAACAAGAGUGUCUUACAAGAUCACUCUCUUACUCACAGACAUGUUUCCAAAACCCCAAGAAUGUCUCCAUUGUCAGUUCAAAGAGAGUCACCUGUUGUGAAAACGCACACUAAAGUAAGAAAAUCUGAACUUGCCAAGGGUAAAAGUAAAAAAGUCUGUUUAAGCAAGAGUGCCUCCUCAUCUGUGAAGUCGUCAGUUCACAUCCCAAACUCAAGCAGUCUUCGUAGUGGCCAAACAUCUGAGACGAGAAGAAAGGACAGAGAUGGUCUAGAGGGGCAGAAGUCACAGUCAAGAAAGGACAAACACUCAAAUGAAAAAGAAAGCUGGAAAUUGGAGAAACAUGCUCAAAAAGAUUGUCAAGAAUGUUCAGUGUUUCCGAAAAGUCUUGGAGCUUUCAAAAUCCCCAAGAAAUCAGAUAGGGUUUCUUUGGGUGCAAGCAAUCCACUACACUUAUGGGACAUAGACUCUGUCAAUGUUGUAAAGACUGGUGAACGAGCAAAGUCAGAACUUGAAACACGAUGUCAAGACUCAUCUUCCCCUUCUUUCAAUCAAGUACAGGUUAAGCAGGUCUCUUUUGAGGAGACCUAUACAUCAACAUUGACCCAAUCUGGAAAUGCCAAAUACACGAAGUUUCAGAAAACAGCUGAAGAAAAUGUCCCAAACAACAGCUAUAAUAAACACGCUAAACUUCCCUAUCGUGAUGAAUUUUAUUUGGAGGAACCUGGACAAAAUUUGGCACAGAAUGUGUCAUGUGGCAAAUUGUCGACGCCUAGAGUACUGAUUACUGCACCUGAAAUCUCUCCCAAGGAACUACAAGUCUCCAGAGGGCCAAAAAAUCAAAAACAAAGAGAAAGAGAGGUUAUUGGGGAUAUUGCAGCCUCGAUGUCGUGCCUUUACCAGCUGGAUAAAACUGGAUCUGGUUCUUCAAGCUCUCUGAGCACAUCUGUUGGCAGAAAGGGAGAAGGGACCUCAAGCGACUCGGGGUCAGCUGAAGAUUUGCCUGAGGUUGGAGCUGAUGGUGAAUUGCCCGCCCAAUGUCAAGUCGCUCCGCCUCCUUCCCAGGACGGCACCCGGAAUGGUCACAGGAGCAGUGCAGCAGCAGGAGAUGCUCUUCCACAGCCCAUCAGCCCACUGCGUUCAAAGUCAGCAAAGCAGGGCCAACCUGUCCGUGGCAGAGGAGUUGAGCAGAUAGCAGAUGACCGGAAAGGUCGUCGUGCCCAUCCAUACAGUCGGCCUGAGCACAAGGUACAGAGAGAGGGGAAGAAAUACGCCUCUUUUGACUUGGUCUACAGUUUGAAUGAGCUGAUGACGUGCAUGACCUCAAGUACGUUUAAGUGGUCUGGAAGACAGUGCCAUUUGCAUGGACAGAGGAACCAGGCGACAUAUCGUCGUUUUGCCAAUUACAGGUUCAAGCGCUCGGAAGUAUCUGCACAAGACCAAGAGAUUGAACCGGAGAAGUUACUCACACCAGAUGACAUUCAAGAUUUUGAAGCUCGCAAGAAUUUGGCUGAUAUGGUCGAAACAUUUCCAGAUCCUUCAACAACUGGGGGUUUUUCCAAUGGAGAGGACACUCUGUCAUCAAUGGUCACAUCUAACAAGGAUGUACCGGACAUAGAAGAUUCCCGACGUAUUAUAUUAACAAACGAUGAGGACUCUGUACCAAGUGUGAGUGAAAAUCUUACCUUGCCUUCGUCUUCCAUUGAAACGCUGAAGCAGUCCUGUACAGAUGUGGCAGUUUUAAGCGCAAAUACAAAUCUUACCCAGUCUUCAAGAUCUGCUACAGAUACGUUGGAGGGUCCCCUUACAGAUGUGGCAGUUUCAUCAUCUUCAUCUGUUUUCCCGAUGUUGCAUUCAGUAGUGUCAACUCCUGAAGAUAACAACAUUACGACAUCAAACAGAUUAUUUGAAGCUGAGGGCCCAAGUUUGUCCACCUGUCAUUCAAGUCUUGACAAGCCUGUUUCAAACAAUGAGGUUUCAACCCUGACAGGGGAUCUUGGUGCUGAGUCUACAGACCAAGAGUGCAAGGAUGAGGUAUUUACUAAAGAGAUGUUAGAAAAAACGGAGGACGGGUUCCUGUGUCAAACAAUGGAUGAGGUUGGAGAGCCAGACACCUUUGACUUAAAUUCUUGUUUUGACUACAACUUACCCAAAGCGACGGAGUCUGAGCACUCUUCAUCGGCGGAAGAUAGAGAUGCUGGAGAAAGGGAGCGUGACAGUCUUUCAGGCAUGCAUUCUGGUUGCAACACGGUUCAUGAACCUUUCUGUCAACAUAGUCUUGCACUUGAAUUCCCAGUUGCCAGUAAGACUAGUCCUAGUGUAGCUUCCGAACAAGAAGAUGGGCAGACAGUGGCUGGGAGUAGUGGAGAUCGGAAUAAUACAAGUAGUAUAGAUGAUAUAGAAAAAGAAGAUGUUUCUAUGGAAAGUUUUGACAAUGCUGUUAUUUGUAUCCAUCAAGUGAAAGAAGAGAGUACAGCUUUUCCCCAGGCUUCAAAUUUUUGUAAUUCCUCAGAGGGUGAGCAAAUAUUGGCUGGUUCUUGUUCUGUCAUCAAACCUGUCAGUGACAACAUCAAAGACUCUGAGCCACAGGAAACCCAGACCACAAGCUCAUCCGUACAAGAUAAAGAAUGUGCUAGUCUAUCAGAGCCAACAGCUUCCCCCAGCUUAGAUCUAAUUUAUUCAUUGGGGAACCCUCACCAUAAUUCAUUAGCCACCGAAUGGUCAGGUUCAACUUUUCAAAGCUGUGAUUCAGAAGCUCUCGUCCCGAAAUUAAGUGUUAGACUCUCUGAAGAAUCUGCAGGCGUAGGACAUGCUGUUGACAUGCAAGCAUUGCUUCAGAAGUCUCCACCACCUACACAGACCCAUGAGAUGCGGGCACAUGCUAUUGGGAACAUGGUGCAAUCUUUUAACCAGUACAGUAGUCGUCAGACAGAAGGUCUGCCCUUUCAGGACUGCUUCUUGUCUUCAUCACCUCCGCCACCACCGCCACCUCCACUGCCGCCAAAGCUUCUUCCUCUUUCUUCUCGAUAUUCACUCCCAUCAUUGCCAUCUUCACCAAAGGUUGACAAGGAGGAGCAGCAGUGGUUAGGGACCCCUCUAGCCAGGCCUUCUGCCCCUGAUGCAAGCAAUGUACUAAAGACCUCGAAGACUAAACACAUGUUGUCCGUGAUGCCACAGCAGGAUACCGACAAUUUGGAGCAAAAAUUUAAAGUUGGUGGUGAUCAAGGCAUCUCUGUUGUCAGAAAGCAGUCCCCAGUUCCUUAUCGGUAUUAUGUUGUCCACCUCAGAAGGCUGAAAAAGAAAAUAAUGUAUUGGGAAAAAAAGAAAGUUGGGCGCUGUUUGAGCAAAAAUGAAGAAAAAGAGCUGGAUGUUCUGCAUGCAGAGUAUGAGAAGGCAAAAAAACACUGCAAGGAUUAUGCUACAUCAGAGACUGAGGGUUCCAUUAAAAAUAUGAGAACAAUGAAAACAGGGUGUCAUCCUCUCAGACACCUCAAGUCUAUCAGGACCCCAGAAAGGAUCUCUUUUGACCACAGCCCAAUAAAGCUCAAAGUGGAUCCAGAACUGGCAAAGACCGACUACAGUCUUGUAGAGGUGAUCACAGGUCCAGCAAGAGACCCAAGACUGGUACCUAAAUGUCUGAGGGAAGUGAUGCAUCGUAUCAAAGGUUGGAGACGCGGGCAAUACAACCAGCCGGAGGCCAGCAUAAAGAUUGUGAAAGUUAUCCCAUCAGUUCACUCUGAGGGGGCAGUCUACACAAAGAAACCAGCGCUGUUCCCAGAGUCGAACAGUCGAGAGGGGAUACCUUGUGCUAAGACAGUGGAGAAAUCCAUUGAAUUAGAUUAUCCUAAGAAGACACUAACUGAACUCAAGAAUUUGUGCAAUUCCCCUUCGUUGGAUGACCCAAAGGGGGAACAUAUUGCGACAAAGUUAGGUCAGUCUCCUGGGAUAGAUACACCAGGACUUUGGAAUCAUUCCCACAAAAUAACGGCAAGUGCUGAGGCAAAGGGGGAGAAAAAAAUGUCUUAUGGUCAAGAGUUGUUGAUGCAUGCUCAGACAACUGAAUUGAUGAAUGAGAGCGAAACAAAAACCUGUAUAUCAGAAAACAUUUUCUCAAAGAGCAGUGAAUUGUUUGGUGAUGGCAAGGCUUUUUCAGUGUCUCAGACAGCUGUGUUGACAGAGGAACUGCUAUGUGAGAAGCCAUCAAGUGAACAGCUCGAAAAGUCUUAUCAGAUUGUUGACCAGUUGAAUGAAGAACGACUGUGCUCUGAUAAAGAAAUGUCUGACCAGCAGAAAGAAAGUAGAUUGUUUCAUUUCAACGAUUCUAAUCAGAAUGGUCCCCUCCAUUUUCAGGGUUCAGAAUCAGCCAUGGCACAUAAAGAUUCCUCAGAGCGUAGCUUGUAUUUUCAUAAAGACCAUAGUUCUAGUGUAAAAGAGGAAGUCUAUGGUAAACAAAGUGAAGACCCAGUGAAUGUUACUACUACUUUUGGUGCAGAAGCUAAGGACACCCGUUCACAAUCACGGUUACCGAGCUUUGAACAUGAAUGGUCGAGAGAACUGUAUAAUAAUGUCUUAUGGUCAGAUAACUCGACGAAUGAUUCAUUUGGGGAAACUAAAGCGCAGAGGGUUGAUGAAGUACUACCUGUGUCCAAUGCCAGUCCAAAAGAGCUCAGGUCGGAUACUGGUGCAACAUCAGAGGAUGCUGAUAAAACACUUGCUCAGGGCUUAGCCUUGGAGCUGGAAAAAAAACCUCAUUUUGAAUUUUCUGAUGUGAAAGAAGUUUUUACCAAAGUGGAUAGCAGUCGUAUGAAUUCAGGAGAAAAGGCUUCACAGUUCCCUGUCGGAGGUCACACUUCUUUAAUGCAUGGAAAGAGAAAAUGUCCAGGUACACCUACGGAGGAGUACCUGUUGGUUUCAACAGCCAAAAGAGUAUCUCCAAAGUUUAUUUUGAAAGAUUCUCUUGUGUCAUCUUCAUCAGCUAAUGUGUUGCUUGAUAGAGUAUCUAGUGAUUCAGGUUUGAAGUGGAUGCACAGUUAUCCUAAGGACAAAGAUUUUCAAACCAGUAGUAACAGAAAAAGGAAUGACAGUAUUGAAGAAUUGCCACUUUUGAAGUUGGACCCCACAUCUUCUAAAGUACUUCCUGAGAAGACCAGGAGUCACUCAAGGUUCACAAGCAGUCCUGAGUAUGUCGAGAGCCCCUGUAAUUCUGGUGUUAAGAAAGAUACAAAACAUCGAAUUGUGUUCAGAGAUACCGAAAAGAACAGGGCACCAUCAGAGUCCCUUUUGUGGAAUGAAAACAGCCCACUUUCAAGGAACAUAAUAGUGAUCAGUGAUGAAAGUAGCUGUGAAAGGGCUGAUCCUAGGAAGAUUUCAAAGCUCAAGAAAAGGUCACGUUUCUCACCACUUAAGGAUCCUGCUGAAGGUAGCAAGAAGCCACCAAUAAUGUCUUUAUCACAAUUUGAAGACUUGCCUAAACAGUCCUUCUCCCAUCUCAGUAAGGACAGCAAGAGCAUUGGGACAAGACGUUUUCAAGACUAUGAAGUUGAUGAGUUUCCAGCAGCAGUGAUGGCCAGAGAGAAAGGUCUUCAGAGCAGAUCCUCUGCUGCUAGUUCAAGUUACAGUGGCGUCAUAAAACCCUCAGCUGCUUGCUCCAGUGACAGGGAAGAGGUAAGACCUUCAGCCGAGCCGUGGCAUCCCAGAGACGAUGGUAAGCAAAGCUCUACGUACUACAGAAGCAGGAGAGAGUCGCCUGCAGGUCGUGCCACUUCUGCCAAAAGUCCAGAGUCUACCAAAGCUAAGAACAGGACAAGGGCUGCGAGUGAGGAUAAGGAACCUUCUCUUUCUGCAGCCAGGGAUGGUCAAAGGGCAUCGCUGUCUGGUUCCACGGACCACACAACAAGCAGUGGGGUGAUAGUGCCCGCGACAGCAGCACUAACAAAUUUUAAAAUGCUGAGCAAAUUACUACAGCAGCUUGGUGACCUCAACAAGAAAGGACACAAAUGGUUCAUGGAUAUUCACAUUUCAACCAUUUGUGAGAUAGAAGAUAUGAGAGGGCAGCUUCCCCAGUACAGUCCACAUGUCGUGGAGACUGAGAAGUGUCUCGCGUUGCUACGCUCGUCACAGCUGAGUGGUCUGGUCAAGUUCAUCCACCUGUGCCCAUGUCGAAUACAGCCUGGCUGUGCCCUCCAGCAGAUGGCCGGGUGCCUACGUCAACGCAGGGGACCAGAAGUCAGGGGCAUCAUCCUCACAGCGCCGAAAGAGGAAGGUGAGAAUUCCAAUGAUGACUGGGGAGACAAUGAUUUGGGGACGGUGUCUGUGGAUAAAGUGGUGAAGUUUCUCAGCUCUUUCAUUUAGCCAGCUAUUCAAAUAUACAUUAUGCUGCUGAUUACCAAUGUAUCUUUCAAAUUGUCUCUCAGUACAGGGCUGCUGAAACAUGGGAAUGCAGUUCGUUUAGAGCCAAUUCAUUUCCCUUUUUAAGUGCAUGUUUCAUGGUCUUAUUCGCAAAACAUAUGUAUGUACUGUUCGUUUCUAUAAAUUCUUGAUCCACUGGCACGACAGAUGUAUUAAAAUUUUUUUUCAUGAAGCGGAUGUUGACCACAAAAUUCAGUCUUUUUUCAUAGUUGAAUGAGGGGUGUUUUUGUUUUUUUACUGCAUUAGCGUCUGUUUUGUUACACUUUUUGUCGUUUGAAUCUCAGCUGUUAUAUUAUGUGCUUUAUCUCUGCAUUAAUGUCUUAGUUUUUGGACAGGAAGCAAAGGUUUCCAAUUCCUUGUGAAGAUUGUUUUUGGAAGUUCUUUAUGCUGUUGCAGUUUUAUUAUGUGAAGGCAAAUGGUGUAAUACUGAAAUUGAAGUGUUGUUUGAAGGGAGGGAUUGUUCUUUGGAUUUUGUGCCUGUCUUGUCCUCACUGGUAUGAUACGCAUAUCUUCCAUAAAAUAAUUUUGAUGUUGUGUUCUUUUGUUUCUUACCAAAGUUUCGUUUUCUGACUUUUUAAAAUAUGAUACGGUGUACUCUUUUGUGUAAUAUGAUGGACCAGUGUUUUGUUUAUGUUUUUCAUUCUCUUUUCAGAGGCCUCAUGUGGGUCCUGUUUGGUAACUUUGGUGCCACUUGACAGAAUGUGUUACCUUAUGUUCUUUGUAUGCAGUGCUUCUUUGUUAUUAUGAGUCCUGUUUGCUAUUCAUGUUUUAAGGUCAAGCUUGUCAGAUUGGAAUAGAGAUCUCUCUCAAAUGUAGCUUUCUUUGUACUAUGAUCUUGAUUCCUUUUUUCUCUGGCCUUGUUCUUCAACCUACUUCUACUUUUCACAAAGUUUGAACUAAAAUGUGAUCUCUUUAACAAGUGUUCUUACUCUUACUCAGGUCGUAGUCAAAUGAAGAAAACAUGAUUGCUAUAUUUUAGUUAAGGACUUUAGGUCUAAGUAGUAACUAUUAGAAACAAUUUACAAAUAAGGCGUGCAGUUUCUAUAACAUGUUAAUCAGUAUAAAAGCCUUCAUCUUACUAUUUUUCUUACUGUCACUGGAAAGUAGAAGGCAAAAGAGGCAGAGGUCGACAGAAUAACUCAGGUAUAGAACUUGAACAAAUGGGUGAUGGGAAAGGAUCAUGACUGUGUAGGAUGUUGUUUUUUUAACAUCAGAGCAAAGAAUUAAGUGGCAGUCCAUGAUUCCAAAUUAUAUUCAAGACGUGGCACUUGUGAACAAAGAGAAGAAAGAGGAUUGAGCAGAAACAUAGUUCUUGCUGCUGGAUUUAGAAGAAAUGAUGGAACAAGUACAAGCGAGAUUUGCAUGUUUUUUGCUUUUUUAAAAUUAAGGCUCUUAGCUACAGAGGUGAUGUGACCAGAUAAAUUAAUAUGUAAACCAAGACUGAGAAAAGAUGAAUAGAAUCCAUUAGGGGCCUAUCCAUAUAAUUUGCUUUGCAGAAAUUUUCAGGCCAAAAGCUUAGUGAAAUCGAGGAUUUAAUUUAUAAAUCUUAGUUACAGUAAGCUUGAAUGUGACUACCUCAUGUCAAUCCUAGAAAUAUUCGUUUGUUUUUAUCUUUAUUCUUGUAAUGCGGGAAGUUUUUUUCAUGUUUACAAUUUUCGUAGCAUUUUGUGGUUUAGCCUUUUCAUAUUUGUAUUUUGAAUUUGUCUCUGAUAAUGUACUGUGGAUCUCACUGCUUGCAUAUUAUUGGUAUUGUUUUUGUUUUAUAUAUAUAUGUAUAUAUAUAAAUAUACUCACAGAUCACUGAUAUUUUAGUCUGCUCAACUGGUGCUUCAGGAAACAGUAUUACUUUAAAUUUAAUGUGAUUUGUUGCUACCCUCUAAGAAGUUUUAGAACUGAAAUGCCAGUAGGGCUUCUUACCGAGGGCUUUUAUUUGUGUGUUGACUGUCAGCAGCAAUAAACUGCUUUUACUUCAGUUAUUUUCUACUUGCAUAUUUCCUUUUCUUUCAUUAUGGAGGGGGAGUGCUCAAGGGAGCAAAAUGAUCUGAGUGUGUUGUAUUUUAUUUUCACCCCUGGUUUGUGAACAAUCAUGUGUGCUCCUCUUUUUCCCUCCACUGGACGUAUUUUCCUUUCUGCUACUUGCAAAGGCGGCCGUUGGGCUAUUGAGCAAAAUACAAACAAGUACAAAAGACGCCAUUGAUGGGUCCAACUUAAUUACAUUCCCACUUUUCCAUUCCUUUGGUCAGCUGUCUUAUUUUUUCCAAGCACUAAAUGGCCAUUAUUGUGUCGAUGUAUUUCUCGAUCUCAUUACUAAGCUUCAUGUUCAAGGGUUGGUGUAUGCAGCCUAGUGGUUAAACUACUGGACUCGUAAUCGCGAGGUUGUGAGUCUGGCAUCCUUGGGAACGGCAUUUUACACAAAUUUCUGAUUUGGCUUUUUUUUUUUUUUUUUUUUUUUUUUUUUUUAUAGACGGAGGUUUAGCUCAUAGGUCCCAUCUCUUUAAUAACUUAAUAGCGUUGAUAGGGGCGUCAAACCUGUACAGUUUCACAAUUUUUUCAUGUACAAAGGCAGGAGACACUGGUACUGCUUUGUCUAGCCUCUGAUUCCCAUUUACCUUGGAGUAUUUACUUUCAGGCUGGAGAAAUCUCACAUGGGUCCGAAUGCUCCUUCUUAAUGUCUAGUAGGCAUCUCAUUCAGAUCUGCAUACAUUUAGGAUUUGAAUGAAGAAAGUGGUUUGGACUGUUUCACUCUGCAUUGUUUUGUUUUUCUGAGCAAAUUUAUUGUAUGUGUGUGGGAGGGGA